CUGGGUUCUCAGCACGCUGAUUGGCUGGAUGCGCCAUGCGGAACGGAGGGGUUGUGCUUGGGGCACACGGACUGAGGUGACCGGCUGCUUUCUCACUCCAGGUGGAGACGAGCGAGCGCAUGUGGGCGCUUCGCUCGCUGCUGCGGUCCGUGGCUGGGCGCACCAUGUCGCAGGGACCCGCCCGCCGUCAGCGGCCGCCUAAGGACCCACUGCGGCACCUGCGCACGCGGGAGAAGCGCGGCCCGUCGAGGAUCCCCGGGGGCCCGAACACUGUGUACCUGCAGGUGGUGGCGGCCGGCGGCCGGGACGCGGGCGCUGCGGUCUACGUCUUCUCCGAGUACAACCGGUAUCUCUUCAACUGUGGAGAAGGUGUCCAGCGACUCAUGCAGGAACACAAGUUGAAGGUCGCUCGCCUGGACAACAUAUUCCUGACUCGAAUGCACUGGUGUAAUGUUGGGGGGUUGUGUGGAAUGAUUCUUACUUUAAAGGAAACCGGGCUUCCAAAGUGUGUACUUUCUGGACCUCCACAACUGGAAAAAUACAUAGAAGCAAUCAAAAUAUUUUCUGGUCCAUUGAAAGGAAUAGACCUGGCUGUGCGGCCCCACUCAGCACCGGAAUACCAGGACGAAACCAUGACAGUUUACCAGAUCCCCAUAUAUAGUGAGCGGAGGUGCAACCAACACCAGCCAUCGCAGAGUCCAGAAAGACCCCUCGGCAGGCUCAGUCCAGAGCAGUCUUCGGACUCUGGGUCAACUGAAAACGAGCAGCACCUUCCCCAUGGUAAUGGUGUUAGCCAGAAAAGGAGUGGCAGGGACCCUUCCUUGGUUGUAGCUUUCGUCUGUAAGCUUCAUGUGAAGAAAGGCAGCUUCUUGGUGCUCAAAGCAAAGGAGCUGGGCCUCCCAGUUGGGACAGCUGCAAUCGCUCCCAUCAUUGCUGCCGUCAAGGACGGGAAAAGUGUCACCUACGAAGGACGAGUGAUUUUGCCUGAAGAGAUCUGUACUCCUCCGGAUCCUGGUCUUGCUUUUGUUGUGGUAGAAUGUCCAGAUGAAGGAUUCAUCCAGCCCAUCUGUGAGAAUGCCACCUUUAAGAGGUACCAAGGCGAGGCCGAUGCCCCCGUGGCCCUGGUGGUUCACAUGGCCCCAGAAUCCGUGCUUGUGGACAGCAGGUACCAGCAGUGGAUGGAGAGGUUCGGGCCUGACACCCAGCACUUGAUCCUGAACGAGAGCUGUGCUUCGGUUCACAACCUCCGCAGCCACAAGAUCCAGACGCAGCUCAGCCUCAUCCACCCGGGCAUCUUUCCCCAGCUCACCAGUUUCCCCUGUAAGGAAGAAGGCCCUGCCCUCCGUGUGCCCGCAGUGCGGGGCGAAUGCCUCCUCAAGUACCAGCUCCGGCCCAGGAGGGAGUGGCAGAGGGAUGCCAUUAUUACUUGCAAUCCUGAUGAAUUUAAGGCCGAGGCCCUGGAGCUUCCCAAUUUCCAGGCGAGUGUGCAGGAGUAUAGGAGGACUGCACAGGACGGCCCAACCCCAGCAGAAAAAAGUCAGUAUCCAGAAAUUAUCUUCCUCGGAACAGGGUCUGCCAUCCCAAUGAAGAUUCGAAACGUCAGCUCCACACUUGUCAACAUAAGCUCCGACAAGUCUCUGCUCCUGGACUGUGGCGAGGGCACGUUUGGGCAGCUGUGCCGUCAUUACGGAGAGCAGGUGGACAGGGUCCUGGGCACCCUGGCUGCUGUGUUUGUGUCCCACCUGCACGCAGAUCACCACACGGGCUUGUUAAAUAUCUUGCUGCAGAGAGAACGAGCUUUGGCGUCUCUGGGAAAGCCACUUCACCCGCUGCUGGUGGUCGCCCCCACGCAGCUCAAGCCCUGGCUGCAGCAGUACCACAACCAGUGCCAGGCGCUCCUGCAUCACGUCAGUAUGAUUCCUGCCAAAUUCCUUCAGAAAGGGGCUGAGGUCUCCGAUCCCACAGUUGAAAGACUGAUCAGUUCGCUGCUGGACAAGUGUGAUCUGCAAGAGUUUCAGACCUGCCUGGUGCGGCACUGCAAGCACGCCUUCGGCUGCGCGCUGGUGCACACGUCCGGCUGGAAGGUGGUGUACUCGGGGGACACCAUGCCCUGCGAGGCUCUGGUCCGGAUGGGGAAAGACGCCACCCUCCUGAUACACGAGGCCACCCUGGAAGACGGCCUAGAAGAGGAGGCAGUGGAAAAGACGCACAGCACGACCUCCCAAGCCAUCGGCGUGGGCAUGCGCAUGAACGCGGAGUUCAUCAUGCUGAACCACUUCAGCCAGCGUUACGCCAAGAUCCCGCUCUUCAGCCCCGAAUUCAACGAGAAAGUUGGAAUUGCCUUUGACCACAUGAAGGUCUGCUUCGGAGACUUCCCCACAGUGCCCAAGCUGAUCCCCCCGCUGAAAGCCCUGUUUGCCGGCGACAUCGAGGAGAUGGAGGAGCGCAGGGAGAAGCGGGAGCUGCGGCUGGUGCGGGCGGCCCUCCUCUCCCGGGAGCUGGCAGGGGGCGCUGAGGACAGGGAGCCCCAGCAGAAACGGACCCACACCGAGGAGCCGCGGAGCCCACAGAGCAAGAAGGUCAGAGCCCAGUGAAGAUCCGGGAGUGAUCCGAGCUCUGAAGCUGCGUCUUCUGCCCUGCGCCGGCACCGCAACUGCUUUCCUCGCCUGGCGGGGGCUGGGGAGCACGGCCCACCAGGAGGCUGCUCGGCCCCUGGAUAAGCCCUAGUCUGUAGGUGCCUCCUGUGACGGCACCCGGCACAGCUGUGUGACACGAGGUGCUGGACAGAAGAAAGCACGUGUGGCUAAUUCCGUUGCAAGUUGGUUUUUAAAGAAGUCACGGCAGCUUCAGCAGGCAGCACCCCUCACCUGCUCCACAGCGAUGCCCUCUGCACGCCAGAGAGAAGCCAGAUGACAGGGAACAGUGGGUCUGAGUGUCCAAGACUCAAGGAAUAAUGCUUCCAAAAAAACAGCCACAAUAAAGAUUGAGUUUGGAACCCUGA